ACUGUUCUCAUCCAUUGGACGCAUCAAGAUUGACAAGAGAACAAUGACACCUAAGAUUCGCAUUUACGUAGAUAGUGCUACAGGCAUACCUAAAGGAGAUGGUAUGCGAUCACGAACGUCACCAUAGCUAUGCACUCUAUCUUCAACGCUAGCCCUGACAUUAUUCUAUCCUCUCCCAUGCCUUUAGCCACCAUCACGUACGAAGAUCCAUACACCACCGAUGCGGCUAUCAAAUGGUUCAACGGCAAAGACUUUCACGGCCACACCAUCAAAGUGGAGAUGUCGGAACAAAAAGUAUGGGCUGGUGGAUUCAGCGGCCGUGGCCGCGGACGUGGUCGCGGCGGCUUCGGAGGUGGAAGCGACCGCGGGGGAUUUGCAGGUGGGAGCGACCGCGGAGGAUUUUCAGGCGGACGCGGUGGUGGACGUGGUGGCUUCAAUGGUGGUGGUGGUGGCGGACCACCACCACGCGAAGGCGACUGGAUUUGCGACAGUUGCCAGAAGAACAAUUUUGCCAGUAGACAAGAGUGCUUCCGAUGCCAGGCUCCUAGACCACCAGGCGCUGGCGGUCCUCCAGGUGGCGGUGGCUCGCGAUACGGAGGUGGAGGAGACAGAGGACGCUCAAGUUACGGUGGCGAUAGUAGAGGAGACCGUGGUGGCUAUGGUGGCGGAGAUCGCGGCGGAUAUGGAGGCAGCAGCGAGCGGGGUAGUUACGGCGGAGGCGGUGACCGUGGCGGCUACGGUGGCCGAGGCAGCUCAGGUGGGUAUGGUGACCGAUCUGACCGCAGCGGCGGAGGAGGUGGAGGACGAGGCGGUCGCGAUGACGGCGGAAGAGGAUCGUACGGCGGUAGUGGCGGUGCAGAUCGGGAUGAUCGCCGCUACGACCGUCGUGACAGACCCUACUAAGUCCAACCGGGCGCUGUAGCAAGAAGCGGGAUCGCUCGACCCGCAGAGUCAUUGAAGAUUGGGUAGUGGAAGAUAUUGUCAGGCGGAAAACAGGACUGGAUGUGUCUAUUUUAUUACGUGUCAAAAAUGCAGAAAGCAACGGGAUAUGAUAAAACGUUUGGCCUACUAUGUCCGUUUUGGUGAGUAUAUGGAGCAAUGUCGCGUAUC